AGCUGAGGCAGCAAGAGAGAGCGGGAGGGGAGGAGGGGCCGAGGAGGAGUAGGCGUGGCCGCUCGAAACCCCUCCCCUCCCGUCCCUCCUUACCCACUCGGCGCCGCGGCUUCCCCCGGACGGGCGGCGGCGGCGACCAAUGAGGUGCGCCGCGGGAGGGGCCUCUUCCCGGCAGCCAAUAGCAGGCGCGGAGCGGCGAGCUCGCGGUGAGGGGGGGGGUGAGAAGAGGGAGAGGGGCCUGCCAGCGAGAGAAGGAGCGAGGGUGGCAGAGGCGCAGCUCGGGGGGCGAGGAGGUUGGUCUCUGAGGGGGACGCGGGGCGGCGGCGGGUCGAGGGGCGGCGGGAGGGGAGGGGGCGCCCAGGCCGGGGGUCCCGGAAGGGCGGGCGGGGGGCGCCCAGCGGCCUAGGCCCCGCGGCCUGGGCUGCGCGAGGGGGGUGGCUCCCUCGCUUUGUUGUGGUGGGAGUAGGCGGUGCUGCGGCAGGGGGAGGGGAGGCCUCCUCCGGGUGGGUGGGGGAGGGGAGAAGGAGGAAGGUGAUGGUGUUGCCACCCAGCCCCUCAAAAGACCCCACUUUCCUUCGGGGGGGGGGCUUUUGAAGGGAGGAGGAUUGUUUGCUGGUACUCUGCGCCCCCCCUCUCCUCUGACCAAGCUUAGUAGGAAGGAAGCCAGCCAGGCCACACGCACCCCCUUCUAUUCAAUCAGCUUUGCCCCCCCCCGCUCUUUUUCAUUACUCCCAAGGUGGGAAACGCGCGUGGGAUCGCCGCCCCUUCUCUGCUCCGCUCCCUCCUUCCCCGUUGCGCGCGUGCGCUUCGGAGCCAGCACCCGCCGGGGGUCCUCUCCCAGCUCAAGUCAGGGGUGUGUGUUUGUGUUUGUGUGCUUUUAACUUUCCGGAGGAGCGGGGUGAACAAGUCCUCGAGCCCCACCACUUCGAAAACAAAGCAAAGCAAAGCAGCAGCAGCUGAGCGGACGUGCCUGGGAGUUGGUGGACGCGGGGAGUUUGUGCGAGCGCCGACCUCGGAAGGCGUGUUUGCUCGGAAGUAAGCCCCUGUUGCGACUUCAGGCUUUCCCCUCCCCACCCCCUGAGUAAUGUGUGCAUGAAAGGAUUACAGCCCUAGGCGCAGUUACUAAGGAGUCGGUUCCGCCGCAAGUUGAUGGGGUUUACCUCUGAGUAAACAUGGUUAGGAUUACCCACUUAUUCUUUAUCUCUCUUCCUUAGAUGCUGUUAGUUGGGUAAGAGGCAAGCAAAUUCAAGCGGCUGCAGAAUUCUGUGUUUCCUUACAACCAUGUGCGUAUUUUAAAAGGUUGCACAGAUUGACUUCUCAGUGUGCCAAGGAUUGCUGUGUACACUUUCUGUUGUUGGAGUGGAGGGAUGGAGGGAAGAGUCAGCAAAAGCCCAUCAACAUUUUUUUAGCAGUCGUGGGGGUGAAAAAGGUGAAAUUCCCCCUCCCACAAUUCUUCUUAGUAGAGAAGCAGCUGAGAAUAAAGUAUUUACUUCAAACUUGUGCUACAAAAAGCAGCAAUAUUAGGAAGGAAAUGUCCAAAAUAAGAUUUUUAGGACAGUCCUUUCUUAAUGUUGGUGUUUCUCUGUUCCCUGCACCCUUCUAGUGAACAAGCAAUAAGACUGAGAACUGUAUUUCUAACAUCUCUUCCUAAAUAGAGAAAAUGAGUUCUUUUAUCUCCAGGGUUCCAUUAAAAACAAGAUUAGGACAAGUGUUUAUACAUUCUGCAAACACAGAAGUUGAGCACUUUGCCAUUUGCACUAAUCACAAGUUGUAAAAUUGAAAGCUGAGGCUUUCUGAAACAAGGUGUGUUAAAGAGCCAACAAUAUGAUGCUGGUCACAUCUGCAGGCACACCAUAUUGUAAAAGGCAGUGUACAUGAUUUGAUGUGUAAAAGAUUGGGACUGGGGUGUGCAGCACUGUAUGCCAUGACAGUCAACAUGGGAGGCUUCUGGGAAUUGCUGGUAUUCUUGUCAAGGCUGCUGGGUCAUACACAAGUGAGUUUCUUCAGGCUAACUUACUGCUGAGUGGGUUAGAUUUGUUCUUGUAAUACAGGAAAGGCUGAUUCUGAUUGUAAAAGGUAAUGUACUUGAAGUGCAUUUCUGUUGAGCUAAGUUGUGCUCCUGAGUAAUUUGUCUGCCUUGUGCAGUACAAAGUCUUGAUUAUCAUACUAAGUAUGAGAUUAGAGGUGAGGUUGCGGCCGUGUAUUGUUGCAGGAACAGCUUGAGUAUUAUGUGCUGUGAAUUUUAAAUUUUUAUUUUUGUUAUUUAACGACUGUUGUGGUUUUACUUUUACUGUAACCUGCCUUGGAAUUGCUGUGUGGUGAAGGGCAGGAUAUAAAUAAAUCCAGUAAAUAAAAUACAGAAGUGCACGCAUUAGAAAAACACACUUAUGAGCACCUGCUGUGAUCAAGGUUGUGAACAUGUUAUGCACUCAUGUGGCAAGCAGCAAACAUCUGUUUGAAAGAAUUUAAUUUAAAUAGGCAUGCUGGGCAAAGGAGUGAGGGACGUACAGAAGAACUGAAUGACUUGCAGUGGAGUGGAAGUAAUCUUUUGAAAGUUCUGUUGUUUAAAAUGAGUUCUAAUAGCAAAAAGCAGGUGAUGUAUUGUGGUUUUACAAGGUUGCCUUAAUGUUAUUUGUAAGUUGCUAUUUGUCUUGUUACAAGUACUCACUAAGCUGUGAAGCUUUACAUUAGUUAAGUUGGAAGUACUGAACUUGGUGAGAUCGACUUUGAGCCAACAUGCAUAGAAAUGGACUACCUAGGCCUGUUAGGCAAGGUGGGCUAGUAAAUCUUUCUUUGCGCUCUAACUUUCCUAGGUAUAUUUGCAAGACAGCAUUGUCUGAAGAUGAGGUGAACUGCUUUCCCCCCAGUUUGUAAAUUUUCAUAACUUCUUCUGGAAAUUUCUGUUCUCACAAGAGUAUUGGCUUUGUGCACUCUGAAGGGCAGGAGAAUGUUUUUAAAAUAGUAUUUCACACAUUAAAAGUAUUUGACAAAUGCUUGCUUGACCUUGCAAUAACCCUGUUAAGGUACAUUGCUGAUAGUUGAAGCCUUAGUAGACUUGCCCCAGGCCAUGAGGAGAAUCUGUUUUUAAUCUGUUGUUAAUUUGGGAAUUGAGACCAGGUGUCAGCACGCUACCUAAUCCUGAGUUGCAGGAGUCAGGUGUUCCGUUAAAAUUUUUAGGUGCUCUUACUUAGCUGUCAAAAUGUGUAAGAUUCUAAUUUCAAUCUAUAUGCCUAUGUUCACUUAUUAGUCUAGAUUGAUUUGUAUUCAGGAUUGUUGGAAAUGUUUUUUCAGGAUGUCCUUAUGAGUGCCAAAAGGAUUAUACUGCAUGUUCGUAUUUGAUGCUUUUACAAAUGGAUUGGGUCAGAGCUUGCAACCUAAGGAGCUGAUUACUGCUCUCUUCAUUAGGAAAUAAUGGAUUUAGUAAAAUAAUGUGGGGAAAACAAUUCUUGUGCUUAAUUUUGUUCUAACUACAGAGAUAUCUUCUGCAUAUCUUGAUUCAAGAGAAAUACUGAGCUACCUAGACUUUUGCAAGUUUCAUCUUCACUGACUCACUCUCACAAGUAAAUGCUCAUGUGAGAGGCCUAUUUGGCUGAGCAGUAAUCAUGUCAGAGAAGGGGGCAUGUGUGAAUUUGCACCUCCUCCAAGCAGUUACUCGCAAGAGCUUAGCUAAAAUGACUCUCACUUCAGUAUUUGACACCUGUGUAUUUUAAAAAGUGCUGUGGAAAGAGGAGGUUAUUAUACUAGACUUCUUACUCUGUACUUGAUGGGAAGUCUAAAUUUGCAAUCUUACCAGUACUCUUAAAUUCCUCAGAUGGCAGUUGUCUAUCCAGAGAGCUGCUUCAAUGUGAAGUUCAAUGUGAAAUUCUUAAGAUACUACAAACCCAUGCAUAUAGUCAGUACUAUUAGAAGAGAUUAUUUGGUUCUAAAUGAGAGAGAACCAUUAAGAGACAAUAGUUUGUUCUUACUGAUACAGUGAGAUUGUCCACAUUCCUUUAAAUAUGUUGUAUUUCCAAGGACAAAAAAGCCAACAACAACGGUAAUUGAGCAUUACUGUCUGCAUCUAUGGUGCAUUUAGGCACAAUACUGAACAAUCUGUAUGGGUAGUUACUGUGGUGCAUAUUUGCCACUAGUCGUUUAAUAUCCUAGUUCACAUUGCCAAGUAUCAAAGUGUUUUUUGGUAGGAAUAUUGGCAUGCCUGACUUUGGAAAUGUAGUGGUAGUUUAGUAAUGUAGCCAUAUGCUAGAGGUAUUAAACAAAUGGUGAUGGUACGUUUUCUUUCUCCCUCCCCCCCCAAAAAAAAGUUGGCACUGUGUACAGUUACAAAUAAAUCAAGGGAGUGGCUGUUGCCCUGACACAGUAGCAAUUUGAUUGUCAUUGAUGCAUCACCAGUAACAAGGGGGCAUUUGUUGUGGCUAUCUCUUGUUGGGAAACACAGCCCAAGGCAAGAAUGGCAAAGUUCUUCACUUGCAGAGCUGAUUUUGCCCAGUUAAGCUCUUUGGUGAUCCAAGACUUUGUUGUGAUGCCCAUCACUACCACCCAGUCCCAGAUUUCGGAUGAAGAGAAUCUGGAUCUCCCGCAGGCAGAAGGCUAGGGAAGAAUUGAACAGUUAGCUUGAACUAAUUUUUGCCUGGCUCAGCCUAGGCUGUUUCCUCAACAAAAUUUUGUUAAUAUGGUGGUUGGACCUUGUUAAAUGCUGUGGCAGAGGCGUGGCUUCACACCUGGUAGACACUACUUGAAGCAGGAAAUGAGACCUCUCUUUUCAUUUCCUGCCUGAAGGGGUGGCUGUCAAGUGGGGUAGGAAAGGAGAAGGCUAAAAACAAUAUUCUGCCCCAUCUGAGCUGUUGCCACCUGCUUUUCCCUUAUCUAUAGCAUAUCAAGUAAUUCUUAUGCAUAUGGAUGUGCUUUUUUGAGAUGAAAGCUCCUUACAUCACAUAAGGUGCAAUUUAUGUUCCAGUAAGUAUUCACUUGGCUGCAAAGAGGCUGUAUAGAAGUUGAGACUGUUCGGAUCUACUAGAUGGAUCACUCUGGAAAGAAGGGAAGCAGCAGUACAGGAUCUCACUAAGCAAACUUGUCAUCUGAGUAGAGUUGGGCUUUUGCCACAUUUUCUUUUGGAAGGACAGAACAUCUGUGCAACCUGUGCAGUGUAGAGUCUAGAGGAGGUGGUGGUUGUCCUUGCCAUGUUAAAUGAGGCUUCCUUGCUUCAUUGUGAGUAAUGACAUCCCUGAGCACCUGAUAACUGCUUUAAUCAUGUGUUUAGUCUAGUUUCACAACUGCAGCAGACAGCAAGGUGUGUUCACUACCCACAGUGUUAAGUGAGGGCCGCCCCUCACAUAAUACUAGAACUUCAGAUCACCAAGGAGAUUGAUUUGAAUUAGUUUUAGGACAAACUAAAGGAAGCACUUUUCCACACAGUUCAUUAUUAAAUUAUUGAGUUCCGUACCAUGGGAUGCAGUGAUGGCCCCUAAUUCACGUGACAUCUACGAGGAUUAAGAGUUAUGGUCUUUCAGUAGCUCAGUACUUAAAUAGAAGCCCCGCUGGUCGUUAGGGUUCCAAAGAAUGUUCGCAAACCGGAACACUCACGUCUGGGUUUGCAGCGUUUGGGAGCCAAAACGUUCGACUCGCAAGGCGUUUGAGAUCCAAGGUAUGACUGCACUGUAUAUCUCUUAUGAGUGUUCUCUUUACAUGCAUUCUUAAAUGUAGGCACUGUAGACAACAGAAAUGCAGUGCAAAAGGUCAGACUUGCUGUGCGUUGAGGUUAGCUGGUGUGUUGACCUGCAGAGGUAAUUCCCAUCCACCCACCCAGCAUGAGGAAUAAGCAGUUACGAAGAGAGUUGGUAAUCCAACAGCAGUUGCAGGACACCAAGUUAGCUAUCCCUGUUAUGGACUCUGGGCCUUACUGAGUUGUUCCAGGGCUCUUUUGCCAGCCUAUCCUGUGACUACAAGUAUAUUUAGCAGGCCUCUCUAUUCCAGUUAUUUGAGGGGUUUGGAGGAAGAUAGAGGCUGUGUUGGGCUGCAUUUAUCUCUGCCAUCUUAGCAGCAGUUGAUAAAUACUGAAUUUCAGGGGUGAAAACCCUCACCCUUCUCGCAAAUGGCAAUGAACAUUUGAGCCUUGUGAUGAUGGGGGGGGGGCAUCCUCUUGUGUAUUGUCACACCAAGAGGCCAGGAUGUGUUAAUAGUGUGGAAAGAGGAUAGGAUGCAGCAGGUCCUGUGAAUUGUCAUUCAUGCUGAAGGGAGGAGAGUGAGGAAUAAAUGUGAAUAGGCGAGUGGGGCCAUCUAUUGCCCUGUGAAUAGCAUGGUCAGUGCUCUUUAAAAAACUAACAAAUUCUUUAUUAUAGCACUCUGGUUCACAGAGGAAAAAAGUCUUUUAAACUGUAAGAGGUUUGCAUACAAAUGACCUUGCAAUACCAAAAAUAUAGUUUCUUUACAGUGUGAGUGUCUGGAGUUAUAGAAUGCUGACCACUUGCACCUUAGAGUGAUGCUCAUUAUUUUGAGCCAAGUUUCCAAUUAUAAUAUGCACCCUAACCUUCCCCUCUCUUAUUACCACUGAGAAGUGACUUGAGUACACCAGCUGCGACUUAUCUGCUUCUGUUUUCCCCACUAUUUCACUCCUAGUUUGCUUUGUUUUCCCACUUCUGAGAUAACUGGUUAAUGGCCAUCCUGGAAUUCUUCGCUUUGAUAAGAGAGGCACUGAGAAAUAUGGGAAAUAUGGGACACAAAGUGGUGAUAGCAUUCUGAACUUGAUAAUACAGUGUAGUGUAAGUGGAUAUUCUGUUGGCUAAAUGUGAAAAGGCAUAAGUUUUACUGUUACACUGUUGGUGAAUGAUAUAAUAAUUAUGAUAUAAUUUUACUAUGUUUUUAUAUGUGCUGUAAGCUGCCUAGGAUGGCUAGGGAAACCAGCCAGAUGGGUAAGGUAUAAACAAUAAAAUUAUUAUUAUUAUUACUAUUACUAUUAUUAUUAUUAUUUUAAAAGAAACCUUAAUGGGAGUAUCGGAAUCUAUAACCAUGUCUAGGUUCCCUCUCUUAUUUCUGGAAAAGUGGCAUCUGGAUCAAGUAUUGUCCUUUAAUCAUGUGAACAGUGCCUGUAAAUCACGCAUAGGCAAACUCGGCCCUCCAGAUGUUUUGAGACUACAAUUCCCAUCAUCGCUGACCGCUGGUCCUGUUACCUAGGGAUGAUGGGAGUUGUAGUCCCAAAACAUCUAGAGGGCCGAGUUUGCCUAUGUCUGCUGUAGAUGAAUGCAGAAAAGUUUAUACCAGGUUUUGUACACUGGGCUAUUGUUUAAACAAUUUAAGGGUUUUCAGAUGUACAUUGUAUUACCUUAUUGGACCAUGCAUGUAAAUUCUGUAAUUGGAAGCAUCCCUUUAAGGGUUUGACUUGCGAAGUGAGCUGUAAAUUCUGCUUUUCAAAUUGGAUUUAAUUACUUAUAUUCUAAAUCCACAAGACAAUACCAAAGCAUACUUUGUUAGAAUAUUUGUAAUUGUUGACCUGUUAAACUGAAUUGCUGCAAGUCAUGAGAUAGGAUUAGUUGUUCCAUGAAGUAGAAAGUAGUUGUGGUAUUUGUGAUCUCUGGUCGACUACAAGAAAUAGAGGUGCCUAAAAGUUAAAAUAAUAUUUUUUGAAGUCUGUGGAUUGAUGAGGCAAAUUGUUGACUUCAGUUGUUGGUUUGUUCUGGUUUAUAGAUACUUGAUAAGAAUGUCGUUCUGCCCCAUAAAUGACCAAGAAGUAAAAGUGAACAAAUGGUUUCUCUUUUUGACGUACGUUGUGACUAUUAUAACAAAGGCAGUUUGAACGCUUUGAGAGCACUAGUGAAACCAGUUCCCUUUUUAUGCUACUUUCUAUUUAUACCCUUCUCUUUCUACAUUUUGUGGCUGUGGUCUGCAGAUCUGCAUGAUAGUUUAAGGCCAGCUUUGAAGUACAUCAGAAAUUAUAUUUGCUUUAUUGUACAAGCCAGAGGUAGCUAACCUGUGACCCUUCGGGUGUUAAUUUUAAUUUUAUUUAUUUGUAAAAUUUACAUUGUAGGUCAGGUCUCAACAUAUAAAACUACAUAAAAUGGUAUAUUGAAAAAAAUUAUCAGCUAACAUUCAGAAUUUAAUUCUGUAUCUAACAUUCCUCCAUCUGUCCUUCUCCAGUAUUCAAAGUUCAAAAGUCCUGGUGCCAAAAACCAACUGUUGUCAGUGCCUGCCUGAAGUUGGGGAAGGAGAGGAAUCCACAAUCAGGGUUCCACCACUGAGAAGUCCUGUUUUGAGUCUUGCAGCCUGGACUUUAUUUGGUGGUGGUACAAACAAAAGGGCCUCCUCAGUGAAUUUUGGAUUGCCUUCAGGUUGGUACCUAUGUGGAAAGAGGCAAUUUUAUUAGGGGUCAAAUAACUGGGGUCAAAUAAGUGUUUAAUUUUUGUAAUACAUAGAAGAUGGAACUCCCUUGGGAGGUUCUGGGCUCACCUUCCUUUGAGGUUUCUAAGCAGAGGUUGGAUGGCCAUCUCUCAUGGAUGCUUUAGCUGAGUUUUCUACGUUGCAGGGGGUUGGACUAGAAAAAUGACCAUUUGGAUCCCUUCUAGCUCUCUCAUUUUAUGUAAAUGUAUUUUGCAUAAAUUAUAAAACUUACAGAUAAAAAAUGUUCUGUUUACAAACAAAACAUUUAAAUAGCUACCUUUCUACCAAUAGAAAGGGCGGGGGGCCACAGGAAGGAAACAAGGUCGAAAGGGGGCCUCAGUCAAAAGGAAGAAGGUUGGGAAACACUGGUCUAUAAUAAUCCAAGAAAUGUUCUAUUUGCUCUUCAGAGUUGGGAGCCCUCAUGUUCUGGCAGCUUGAAUGAUCAAAUAAUUUUGUCUCUGCUUAGCAGCUGAAGGGUAUUUCUGAGCUGCUGAGUCUGCUAAAAGAGAAUGCUCCAGCACUAUAUUCAGCAGGGAGGAAAUGCGACAUACGCUGGUAGUAUGCCCAUGUGGUCAAGGGCUCCUUCUAUUCAUCUCUUGUUAUCCAUCCUACAGCAUGAAGUUUCUUGUUCCAUUUGAGAUGUUCUCCAAACCUUUCUGUGUGUUUCCCUUAUUCCCGAAGAUACCAAAUUUUACUUUCUAAUUGGACCUUCAUGGGUUAACUUUUGGUGCUGGAGUUGGGCUAGGGAACCUGAAUUCCAAUUGUCCUUGUUCGUGGACCUCACUGUGUUACCUGACUUCACACACCGACACACUGGGUCACACUCUCAGCCUAAUGUAUCUCAGAUGGUUGUUGUGUAAGGAUAAGAGAGAGAAAAAUAGAGUAACCCCUAUGCACAGUGCCCUUAGCUCAAAUAAUGAAAAAAUAUGGGGUGAGAACAUUAAAGAUCUUUUAGUCUUCUUGGGUUAUUGGUGGAUAUGCAAUAUCUGUGGUCUUGCUAUUUCUGCUUUGUAUUCCAUUGCUGGCUGUUAAUUGGAAUAUGUAACACUGAUCAGCGCCUCAAGUGUUUUUAAUAGAAAUGAGUAAUUGCUGUGGUACCUUUUUUGGUUCAUUUUAAAGCUGAUUAGUUUACUGCCAUGACAGGAACCUUCAGGUUUCAUUAGAUGUUUUAACAGACCGGGUGGAUAAAUGUUAAAACCAGUCUUUUCCCAACUUGUUUUGUAUGACCAUGGUGGCUGGGGUUGAUGGGAUUUGUAGUAAAAAAUGACUAGAAGGCACUGAGUUGGGGGAGACUGGUCCAGAGCAUGAGGACUCAAUUCUGAAUCCAGCUUGGCCAACACCCUGUUUCACUCUUGUGGAAAGUCUAUAAACGGGAUCUGAGGGACUCAGGGCCUGGAAUUCACAUAUAAUUCUCAUGACUUUAACCAUUAAUGCACAUCCUCCAAUUCAUCUAACCGCCUUUUAAAAGUAAUAAUAAGUAAGUGGCAAUCAGCACAUUAUGUGGCUUCAAAUUUCAUAAAUGGGAGUGCUUUGUGAGGAAGUGUUUUCUUUUGUUUGUCCUGAAUCUCUGCCCAUCAGUUUCAUUGGAUGAGCCUGUGUUCAAGUAGUAAUGAGAGGUGGAAAAAGGUGUCUUUCUCUACACCAUGCACAAUUUCUUAAACCUCUCUGAUGCCCAACCUCCGAUGCCUUUUUUUCUAAACUGGGGCUGGGAGGAGGGAAGGACCCCUUUUUUUAGCCACGUUUUCUUAUGAAGAAGCUUCUGGGGCCCACAUGCCAGUGACAAGCUGCUCAAGAAACAAAAAGUAGGUGAAGUAAUGUGACUCUUACCUUUGUACAGUAUAGUCAUUGAGAAGCAUACAGCAUAUAUGAACUCUGUAUGUGACCAAGCUGAUGAUGGAGGAAUGAUUUAGUCUUUGAAUCAGACAAAGGUUCCAUAAUCCCAGUUCAAGCCAUAGAGAGUCUGAAAUGCUUUUCCAUUUUAUAUAUACAGUGGUACCUCGGGAUGCGAACGGGAUCCGUUCUGGAGCCCCGUUCACAUCCUGAAUAGAACCCGAGACGCGAGGGCAUGUGUGCUGGUUGCGUUUUGCCACUUCCACGCAUGCAUGUGACAUCAUUUUGAGCUUCUGUGCAUGCCCAAGUGGCGAAACCCAGAAGUAACAUGCUCUGUUACUUCUGGGUUGCCGCGGAGCGCAGCCCGAAAGCACUCAACCUGAAGCACAUUCAACCCGAGGUAUGACUGUAUGUUCCUAUUAAUAUCCAACUUACAGAUGGAACCUGCUCUUUCACAGCACAGGGAUGAAUGAAAAUAGGUUCUAUGAGGAUUAAUUCCCCAACAGAACCCCUAAAUUAGUCUUUACUGGAAAGAUAACCAUAUCUUUCCUAAUGUUAUGGUACUGUUAAACUUGAUCCUCAUUUUGGUAAAGAAUGAAUGCAAAGUGCAGUUCCCUUGAAGAAAUGAGGUGCUUUGUAGCAUUAGCAAGUUGCAUCUCACUUUAAAGUGAGCCUCGGCCGUCUUGCAUGUUCUCAGAUGCAUUAUAAAUCUAAUAUAUGGUGUUCAUUAUAGCUGUGUUAAGGCCUUUAUAAACAUUUUGAUUUUAUGUUGGAAUUUUAACUGCAGGGUGUUUAGUCAGUUCAAGAUGCUUUGCAUGAGAGCAUUUCUUCAAACAGGAAAGCUGUCCCUUUUAAUUUUGCUAAGUAGUAGUGUCAGAGCUGAGCUGGUUUUGCUGCUUGGACUUUUUUGCCCCAUUUGUCGCCAGUUGAAUAGUUGGAUAGAACUUAGCACAGUGGAUGUAGUUGGCAAAAGAACUGGUUACAAGAAAGGAGUUUCCAACUAAACAUCAGGAAGAACUCUCUGACAGUAAGAGCUGUUUGACAGUGGAGUGGACUUCCUUGGGAGGUUGUGGACUCGCCUUUGGAACAUUUUAAGCAGAGGUUGGAAGGCCAUCUGGUAUGGAUGCUUUAGCUGAGAUUCCUGAACAAAGGGGUCCCUUCCGUUCAGCAUUCUGCUGGUUUCUCCCAACUUCCAUUUUUCCUCACCGUGCUUGUGUAGAGAAGUGCAAGCUGGGGCCUUGCUUGUGUUUCUGUCUUCCUCUUUCGCCCUAUUACUGGAGCACUUGCAGGAGAAGCUUGAUUUGGCACUGUUUUGUCUAAUACCAAGUUCAAGCUUUUCUAGAGUCACCUGCAGCACCCGAGUAGAAAGAGUCCAUUUCUUCCUCAACGUUAGAAAAACAGAUUUCCUUCCACCCACCCCUUCUUUUUUUAAAGAUAAAACAAAACUUAUUAGAAAUCUGUUAUUUAAAGACAUCGCUUUCUUUUACUAAAGGGUAAACAUCAAUUUUACUCUGAAUGCACCUGCCCCUGUGUAGUUUUGGGUGAUGACAGGAGGUUUCAUGAUACAAAUGUUUUCUGCAAUCCAAUAGAGUGGGCCCUAAUGGCAGGAAGAAUAGAGAUGUUGCCACAGAUCAGGCAUUCACAAAAUCAGACAUUCACAAAAACGUGGUCUUGAUGACCCUCCACUGCCUCUGCAUCGUGGGAGAGGUGUGAUCUUGUACCUAUCCUUACACUGAGCUUGGGAGACAUAGAUGCAAGGUCCCCAGGGCAAUUCCCCCCCCCCCCAAUUUCAAGAGGAGGAGGAAAACAGGGAAUUGCCAUGCUUGCCAAAGGAGUGGGGAAGAAGGAUGAGUAGUUGCAUAAUUCUCAGUGCUAUACAGCAGAUUUCAUAUUCUGCAGUUAAUUAAACCUUAGUCCUCGGGACUGAAUUCUGCAUUCUCUUGUUGUGUGAAUAAACCAGAUCUCCAUGCUCUAUUUAAAUCCCAAUAGCUGAGGUUUCUCCUGAAUUUUUUUGCAAACAACUAAUAAACUCUGAACAGGAGAGAUGUGUGAGGAAGGUGUAGAAGCUUGUGGUGUCUUGACACUGCAACCGUUUGCAAAGAUUGCACAUAAUCAAAUGUAACUGCAGUCAUGAAAACCAGAAACUUGUUUUCAGACUUAUCCUCAUUGAUUGAGCUUUGUAAUCAGUUAAAUGAAUACAGAGACUCUGAUAAUGGACUUUGCUGAGAGUGGCUAGCACAUUGCGCUGUGACAAAGCAUUAUGCACACAUUCAGCACUCUUGUAGCUGGCCUUGACACAGAAAUAUGCAACCUUUCCCCCCUGUUACUCUUGAGUUUUAGAAUUUAUUUAAAAUGUAUAAAAAGAACUUCCCAACAUGUAUUGGAAUUACCAGAAGACACCCUUGCCAUACCAUUCUAGUAUUUUUAACACCACUUCAAAGGAAAAAUCUGUCUCCCGUAGUUGCAAAAUAGACAUGAUAAGCUGAAAUUCAGGAAAAGCAUUUUAUUUAUUUCUGCUUAAAUCUGUUGCUUGCAGUGAUGCAUAGGAUGUUGUUUGGGAACUUGUUUACAAGGAUUGGUGAAUUGUAGCAAAUCAUGCAUACAUUUUUAGGCACAACUGAAUGAGUUAUGCCUAAUAAAUGCUACAGUUCUAUGCCCAUUUACUGUGGAGUAAGACCCGUCAGAAAGCAUUCAUAGGGCUCUCUUGCAUAUUCUCCUGGUUUCAGUUGAAGUUAAGCCUCAGCAAGUAGGUGCAAAUGGGAAUGUGGGUGCUCAAAGUACUGUAGUCAGAACCGUUUAGAUUAGAUGAAAGAUCAGGCAGUGUUCUUCCUUAAACCUUCUAAUAGAUUUCUUCUUUCCAUAGGUUCUAAAGGGCAGCUAAACCAUUGCAUAAGUUGAGCCACAUCUGGGCCAUGUCGUCUAUAUUACCGUUUACUCCACCUGUUGUGAAGAGACUGUUGGGAUGGAAGAAGUCUGCCACUGGUUCAGGAGGUGCUGGUGGGGGUGAGCAGAAUGGUCAGGAAGAAAAAUGGUGUGAGAAAGCAGUGAAAAGUUUGGUGAAGAAGCUCAAGAAGACAGGACAACUGGAUGAGCUUGAAAAAGCAAUCACCACUCAAAAUUGCAAUACAAAAUGUGUUACAAUACCAAGGUAAGAACUCUAUAGAUCAGAAACAAAUCAGUGCCAAAGCAAACAGCAAUUUAAGUCUUAAACUAAAUAAAAAGUCCUUCGGCAAGGUAUUUAAUGGUACAAAUACCUUUUUACAUGGGUUUACUUUCCUUAUUUUGCCUGUAUUUUAAGCUAACUACAUUUUCUUUUUAAGAAGUAGCUGGGAUAGUUAAAUUGUAUUACCUAGAUUUCUCGCUCUACCGAUAUAUGUAUUCCUAGAAAGACAUAUUAACUGACUCUUUCCUUGGUCAACACUUCAGUUCGCUAGCCAUGUGUAAAUGCCAUCCUACAGUUUUAUGCACUGGUCUUGCUUCAGCGGUAUAAAACUACGUUUUCAAGAUAUGAAUGGGUCUUAGUUUGUCUGUUUUGGUUCCAGAAUGUCUGCUUGUCUUCUGUUUGGAUUUCUGGAACAUCCUUCUAGUGCUCUCAGCAUAAGAAAGGAAAGCUUCAUGUAUGGUGAAGUGGAAAGUAUUCUUUGCAGCACAGGUAUCCACCAGGAUCGGAUUCCUUCAUGACUUCACACAUUUUAAAGUUACACUCACAGCAGUCGAAGGUCAUAAGUAUAACUAAGGUGCAAGCAUUGUUAGAAUGCAAAGUCCAUUAUAAAAGGCAGUUAUAGAAGCUGGUAGUAGAAAGAAAGUAGAAGAGAAGGAACUGUGUUAGCCCAGAUUGAGUAAAUUGGUAUACAAUUGUGUUUAGAGAGUUGUUCAUCUAUAUAUUUAUCAGGUAUUACUGAGGAAGAGGCACCGUUGAUUAUGCAAAGGAAUUGUUUCCUCUUUUAUAUUGCAAAUUAUUUAUGGCUGUUAAAAAAUGUAGGCAAGAUUAAUUCAUUGAUACGAUGUUAUUGGAUAUAUAAAAAUCUCUUUGGAAACAUUGUUGCCCUUUUUGUUAAAAGGUUAGAAAUAUAGAAACAAGUGGCAAGUAUUCUUCAUGGUUGAAAGGUAAAUGUGCAGGCAAUGACUGAUUUAUGCGUUUCCACUUGGUGUGUGAUUGCGCAUGUGCACACAACACUGAACCUGAAAAUGUUACUGAAAGAAUGGCACGCUUUACUCGGGCCCUACCAACACACGUGGGGUUCUGGAACAGAACCUACGCAAAAUGAGGAUCGCCUGUAUAUCAGAAGGUGUAUUCAUCUUCUAGUGACCCACUCAGGAUUUAAAUAGCACUUCAAGGGGUUCAGUAGGCACAGAUGCUCAUAAGACUGUUAAAUCCGGAUGCACAAUAUUUUGCAUUUUGAUGUGAUUUAUUACAACUGUUAUUUACUGGACAAAUUAUUUAAAUAAUAAUUUUAACCUUUAAAAUUUUAUAAAUAAGUGGAGUGGAUGAUACUGGAGUAUGGUAAAAUCAUGAUGAGUGACAUAGAAGUUAACUUUAAAACAUCCUAGUUCAUGGAAUUCCACGCCAUGGGAUGUUACGACAUCUUGCCAUAAGUAGCUUUUCAGUAGUAAUUAUUUAUGUUGGGCACAGGUUUGUUAGCCACUACAGGUGGUAAGUCAGAAGUAUGGCUUCCUUGAAGAGACACUAGCCUAGGCAUAGGCAACCUUGGCCCUCCAGAUGUUUUGGGACUACAACUCCCGUCAUCCCUAGCUAACAGGACCAGUGGUCAGGGAUGAUGGGAAUUGUAGUCCCAAAAACAUCUGGAGGGCCGAGGUUGCCUAUGCCUGGGCUAGACCUAUGACUAUCCCUAAUCAGUUCUUUUGUUCUAAAUGUAGACAAGUACAAUAAUAACCACCAACUCGGUUUUCAAAAGACUAAUAUAAUCCUGUAGGGUGGCAUGUUCUUCGAGCUUUCAUUUUUAUGUGGUCUCAAGACUCCCAGUUUAACAUAUGGGAGUGAUCUUGCUUUUUUAAAAUUAGAGUUGGCAAAGUCUCCAAAGUCCAUGGUGUAGAACAAACUGGAUUCAGUCCUUGGACCAUAUGUUUGACAGCUCUAUGCUUGAGAUCUUAGUCUAAUUCCUUUGCAAGCAAGUAACCCAAACAUCACAAAGUCAAUAAAGCUGCUGGCUCAUUAGCUUACUUCUAUAGAGUUUCUCUGUGUCACCUUCUUCCAUGUUUUGCCCUCCUGUUGACACUAGUGGAUCAUUUGGUAGCUGCAGUUGGAAAUUUAAUUAAUCUUACUCCUGGUUUUCCAUUUCUAAAUUUAAAAGACACAUUUAUGGGACAUAAUUAGCAAUCAGUCAUAUGGUUCACAUCAAGCCAUUUGCAGAACUUCAGUCUAACAUGGAAAACAAACCAAGGGUUUCAAACGUGGUCACAAACAAGUCAUAUGCUGUUGCUCAGUGAAGAUAAAACGCAAAGUUGCUUAUUUAUCUCCUGAAGGUUCAAGCUAUUUAUUGGAAAACUGUUUCCAGAGUUCUUGCAAAUUGUCCCCCCCCACUUUCAACUUAGACAGAAACCCCUAUCCAGAGCCUAUGAAGAACAGAAAAAAAGGUUUUAAAAUAACUGCAUUUAAAUUUAAAGGGGAAAUAUCAGAUAAUACAGGAUGCUUCAUCAACAAGCUCAGAUUCUGCCAAACUGUACUCUGAACUAUUUGCUUGAACUGACCAUCAUAGAGCCUAAUUAAAAUAACCUUGUCUUCAUAGCUGAGCCAGCUAAUCUUGUUUUUAAAAAACACACUUUAUUUAGAGUUCGACAAUAACAAAAAAACCUGCAAUAACUACUACAUUACAAUUGACCAUCUUUAACAAUAAUUGAGCCAGCUAAUCUUGAUUUUUAAUGAAUUAUAGAUGUACAAAACAAAUUAAACUAUAGCAAGAAAAUAAUAAAUUCAUAAUAUAUAACAGUCAAACGUAGUAACUAUAUAUAUAUAUAGAGAGAGAGAGAGAGAUUGUUAAUCUGGAUCUUAACAAUAUUUCACACCAGUAAGGCAGAUACUUGUUAUCAGCAUUAUAUUUUCAUAUAAAUAAUUGGUAUCCAGAGUUAUUCAAAUGAACAAAAGUUGUUAACUUAACCACUGAGGCUGUAUGCCACUAUAUCGUCUCCACUUAGUAGGUAUAAUUAUCUUUGUUGCUGUUAGGAGGUUUCUUACUAACUCCAGAUGUUCACAUCUUAUAACUCCUUUAAAAUGCCCAAGUAAAGUAUAUAAAAGGUUGGUAGUAUAGAGUAUCAAAUCAUCUUGUCUGAGCUACAGACUUCUUCCAGGUAUAGUGUUUGUACAACUCCAUGUGUGAAGGAAAAGGAAAAGCGAUGCAAGUUUCCACAGGUACUACUGACUUCUCAGUUUAUCUUCUUUUGAGGAGUGAUGUCAACUGCACAAAACCAUGUAGAAAUUUUCUUUUACGUUAACACCCUGCUGCAAAAAAAUAUUUUUUCAUUGUUCAUCUGAAAUUCCUGUAUUUUUGGCAAUCCUGUUUUGACUUAAUUUGAUUUCCUUUUAAUUUAUGUCUGGAUAUGUUUUUUCUGUUACAGUCUAGUCUAAAUUUGCUUUUAGAAAUGCAUUAAAUAUUUCCAAACUCUUAUCCCCAUUUCUUAACAAUUUUGCUUUGGCAUCUUCCACUGACCACUCCAAAUAAUCAGUGCAGGAAACUGAGAUAUGAAAGCUAGGAGCUAAAUAGCACCUUAAACCUAGGUGAUGAGUGCAACAAUGGAACGUCUAGGCGUGCCUUUUUAAUAAGAAUACAAAGCUGAAAAUGAAUGAACUGCAGCUAAAAUAUUAUGUUCAUUUUUCACAUGAUCCAGUCCUUCCCCUGCCCACCCCCCCAAUAUUCUUAAGAGGGUCUGUUCUCCAGUAUUCAGAGAGUAGCUGGAAGUGGGGAGGCAGAAAAAGGUCCUUCUAUCCUUCCACUCUACAGCUUUAAUCUGAAAUCUUAGGCACAGUCCUGCGCACAGAGCUCGGAAACUUCUUGCGCUAAUGAAAUUCCCUGUUGCAAAAUGUGCCUAGAACAAUGGGAGUUUUGACCACUGCAAAUAAUAAACUUUGAAUAAAUUUCAUAAAGUCUUGGGUGCAUUUGCACCAGAGUCGAAGGACAUUUCCCCUUCUCAUUUGUGAAUCAACUUGAUUCACGCUGUGUGUGUUUGUGUGUGCAGGUAUAAGUGCAGUUUCACAAAGAAAAGCAAGCUGUCUUGGCCUCUAGUGAUAGACUGGUAAACUGAAUGCUCUCUGCUUUCUCUUGUAAGUAAUUGCCUUAGAUUGCUGGAAAGCACACCUGUCCAGGAAAAGAGGUAUCCUAAGAUGUCCUGGCUGCUUUCCAGAGAGCCUCAGGCAUGACUCACCCAUUCAGAGUGACAGAUAUGGAAGGAAGUGAAGCCCCGCCCCCCCAUGAUUUCAAUGCUAAACCAAACCAUAACCAAAUGUGUGGGCUUUUGAAUAGGAGCUUGCGACUCUGGUCAUUUUUUGUUGCACUGCACUGAGCUAAAGCAUAGUUUGUCUUAGUGCAUUGUCAGAACUUGGUCAUGGACAAACUAUGGCACAGUGGCAAAAAGAACCACCAAAGAGCAACUUGGAGCCUCCACAUUUGUGCUAAAGUGGGUUAACGUAACCAAUGGAUUAAAUGUUGCAGCCCUAAAAGCAACUAAAAUGGUGUUAAAUUCUGAUAGCCACGAGCUUCUUUAUUUAGUAAGGUGAUAUUAGGUACUUUAUCACUUUAGGUGUGUAGUGUUAUGUUGGUACAUAAAAAUACCUUGUGUCUUUUUAUGAUAUACCAUAUCCAGGGAAAGCACCUCUAGUAACCACACAGGCUACUAGUUUGAGAAAUGAGGAAGUGGAUUACUGGGUCAGUAAGGCAUGAAAAUUGAAUGAAUGAAUGAAUGAAAGUGAAGGCUGAGUGCAGAACUACUCUUGACUCUUUAUCUGGCUAGUAAUUUACAGCAUGGAUAGUCACAAAAGGUGGGUCUCUCUAAUUACUUCAUGGUGUUCUGUUGCCCUUCAUUGUUCUUCUAUGCAUAAUUUGUUGUACUCCUCCUUGAUGCUUUAUAUGAGAGACAUUUGGAGUAGAGAUUUGACACUUCUUAUCCCUGAGUAGGCUAAGUUUGUAGUACCCCAUUUGAAGUAGGUGUUCGUUAAGCAGAGCAACAACCAGUAAUAGUUUAGUGUGCUGAACCACUAGAGAGCACCAGUGUGAUGUAGUGGGUAGAGUGUUGGAGUAGGAUUGGGGAGAUACAGGCUCAAACCGCCACUUGACCAUGAAGUUCACUGUGUGAGCUUGGGCCAGUCCUUAUCUCUUGACAUAACUUCACAGUGUCCUUGUGAUGAUAACACGGAGGGAGAAAAUGAUAGUUUGCUCCUUCAUUCUCUUUGGAGGAAAGGUGAGAUACAAAUGCAGUUGGCUUUAAUGCCCCCUUGGUAAUGGAUCUACCGUACUUUUCGCUCUAUAAGACGCACCCGACCAUAAGACACACCUAGUUUUAGAGGAGGAGAACAAGAAAAAAAAUAUUCUCUCCCUCUCUGCUCAGCGCCUCUCCAGCAAAGCAGGAGGAGAAACGGAAGGGGCUCCUGUUUCUCCUCCCGCUUUGCUGAAGGGGCGCUGAGCAGAGAGGGAAAGCUGCGCAGCGCCUCUCCAACGAAGCGAAGCCAGGAAAGCAAGAGGGAUCGGUGCGCAGCAAUCGCUCUUGCUCUCCUGGCAUCAGUGAAAGCUGCACAGUCUGCAUUCGCUCCAUAAGACGCACGCAACAUUUCCCCUUACUUUUUAGGAGGGAAAAAGUGUGUCUUAUAGAGCGAAAAACACUGUACUUUUAGGGACUGGUUAAUAUUCUGUUAACAUUUAAAUGUGUUUGUGGGAGUGGGGGUUAUUGGUUUGUUUUUGCUUUAUUAUGCAUUUUGCGUUCUCUUUUUUAUUUUUAUGUUGGGAACUGCCCUGUGAUCUUUGGAUGAAGGGUAGUAUACAAAUUUAAUAAAUAACAAUCUUAAUAGUUAAUCCCCCUUGCUCAUCUGGAACUAUUUCUGUAUGAGCUGACAUCCUGAAACUUCAUAUGAUGAAGUAGACUUUUGUCCAUUGGUGGACAGAAGGUGCCUUGUAACCUAAUCUUGGACUACUGGCCAAUUUUGGCUUAGUGAUGGCAUCCUUACAAAGAAUGCCUGGAUAGCUCAGUUGGUUAGAGUGUGGUGCUGAUAAUGCCAGGGUUGCAGGUUUAAUCCCCAUAUGACAACUACAUAUCCCUGCAUUGCAGAGGGUUGGACUAGAUGAUCCUCAGGAUCCCUUUCAAAUCUAUAAUUCUAUGAAUGCUGGACUAAGUGGGCUUAGGUCUGAUCGUGCAAAAGUAAUUACGGCUGAACAAGAGUGUUUACAGAAGGUCACUUACCAUAGAUGAGUUAUGUCUUAAUUAAUAAAUCCUGAGUAUGCACACUCAGGGUUGUAAAUGUAAAACACAUUGGUAGACUAUGAGAAUUCUAAUAAAGGAGACCACACAAGACUUCCAGUCUCGUUCUCGUUGUGGCUCAUUCUACAGUAAAUGUUAGUCUUGAAAUACCACAGGACCUGUUUGGGCUAAGAUAGGGAGGGAUGCAUACACUUCUGUUCCUAUCUUUUGUUUUAGGUCUGCAGUUUCCUGUGGAACACAGGUCUGGAAAUCUGUUUUUGCUGCUUCAGUGUACAGCAAGGAAAAAAGAUGCUUGCCUCUGCAAUCCCACAGCUGCUUCGCAUUUGCCACACCAAGUGGAGAAAAAUUGUGUGAGAAGGGUUAAGCACACAUCCUGCUUGUUCUUCCCCAUGCAAGUCUCCCUUGGUUUUCUGGGAAGUGAUGACUGAGGCUCCUAGAACAGUGAAUUCUUAGUUGGACCUAAAGUAAUGCUUACUACUUCCUGUUCUUCACCAGCAAGAAAGGAGGCUAGUUCUAACCAGGCAGUAGCAACUGACCAAACUUUAUCUGGUGGUUUCCGAGAGUUGCGUUGCAUAUCUGAAAGGAGGCAAAUGUGAAAAACUGUAGCGCACAAUCUGAUGCUCAUCACUGCAGCUUGUCAAAUUCUGCUUAAAAACAUCUUUCGUCUGCACAUCUUUCGUUGUGCACCUUAUUAUCACCUCUGUACACUCCCAAGAAACUUGCUAAGGAAAUCACUGUUGAAGGAUUUGCUUCGUGGCAGCUCUGUCAAUGCUUCAAGAGCAGUGAAUUUUAAAAGUAGUUUCCAUUUACUACAGGCUCUUGAGAACAGCUCCUUAUAAUUAGCAUUCUCAAAUUCAGAUGGCGCGCGUGGAAGGUCGUAAUGGUCCUUUGAUGUUUAAAGGAGUGCCCUCAUUUUUGCUCUUCUUCCUCCGAUGCUUAAACAUUUGCCACAGUUACUGCUCUGGGAGUUAACCCAUUCUGUCUAGUGACCCCAGAUAUAUAUAUGUAAUAGACCUUCCAGCUUUGCUUUCCAAGCGUUAUGGGUAGAACUGAAACAUGUGUCAUUCUCCAUUAUCAGGGCCUUUGUGUGCUCAUACUAGAAUCUGAAGCUUAGAAUCGCAACUGAAUUUGUGUUUCGUUUCCUGAGACAUUUCCCCCAAAGUUUUAUGGUAGAAGGAAACACUGCCUUUGACCGCUCAACUUUCGUCUUCCUCCCAACACAGUGGAGUCAGGAGAUUCUGGAAACCAUUUGAAGCAGAGAUAACUGGUUAUUAAAUUCUUACUCACAAAGAGUGCACAUAUAGGACCCUCCCAUAUUAGAUUACAUAUUUGGACCUGCCAUUGUAAGGAUGUACAUAUAAACAAGCCUUUCAAAAUCAGCCCACUCUCAGGGAAUAUGUAUUGUCUUUUCUAAAAUAGUAUUUCUGAUUCAGGGUACCAGCAUAAAUAGCCUUAUUAGAGCUUUUAGUAAAUACUUACAAAACACAAAUGUUUGGGCUAAGUUGUUGUUUUGGCAAUGAAUUUGUAUUACUUGAACUUUAAAUUUUCAGUUAGCCAGGUAGCGUCAGAAUAGCAAAAACAUAUAGUCAUUUAUGGCAUCCGGAACCUUUGUUAAGUUUUCUUUUAACUGGGUGAGGGGCUUUCUAAAAACAUAGCGAGUCAACAGGAAGUUCUGGUCAACCUUAGCAGGUACUAAUUUCCAAAACCAUUCCUCUAAAACUGUGCGUGCCAAACGAAAAGCUGCUUUGGGAGCUUCUUCCAAAGGGAGAAAAUGGUCUUUUGGGCUUGAGACACUUCAGAGACUGUUUUUCAGAAGUGUCCUUGUGGUCUGCGUACGAAACUUUCCCAGAAAGUUAACUUAAUGAAAUACAGAAAAUGAGUGAAAUGCAGGAAUAAAGCGCAACAGCCUCAUUUUAUUUCCAGAGGGCUUCAAUGAGGUUGGAGUCAAGUGCUAUGCUUAAAUAUUUACUUUUCUUACAUCUAUAUUAUUCCUUUCUUUUGUCACGGAACCAGUCCAUAUCCAGACACUAACUAAAUGCAGAAUUGCUUAGCUUCAACAAAUUGGUUUUUUCAUGGGCCUUCAGCCCACACCCUGGGACUGCAAGGGUGUAGAUUAGGCAUGUGAGCAACAGACAAAAGCACACACACACUCCGGACUGUUUUGUGGGACCUCCUUGGAAUCUGGUGAAUUGAACAUCUAUAGGUCCUAGUGAUAGCAGCUAAAAUAUGAUUUUCUAAAUUUUAAAAGGUCAUUUGUGGCUGCUGUCAAUACUAGGGUGAGCCGGUGCCAUCUAGAAUUCAACCAUAAUUUAGGAAUUGAGGGGCGGCAGCUGCUGCUUGGGUUACUUGGCUGUAUGAAUUUUCCCUUCUUGCCUCUUUUAACAGGUUCUUCAUUGGAGUUUAACACCCCUUUUUAUUCAGUUUGUGAAUGGUAUAUGCAUUGCACCAAGAAGCACUUGGUGGGAAUAUGCAAUCAUCUGUGGCCAAGUCCUGGUUCCUCAACUAUGGUUAAUUGUUCUGAACCACUUAGGAUAUCUUUAAUUUGCGGUAAACGAGUGUUGAUCAGGGUUAUUUAUAUCUGUUGAACACAUGCAGAAAACCUCAUAUGAAACAUCCAUAACACUUGUGCGAAUACAAUUGAUGAGCAGGAGCAGUUUACAGUUGAUAGAUCGUUGCUGCAAAACCUUCAUAGGUUGAGUACUGAGUUAUCUUUUCACAUGCAGUGGCGGCUGGAAGAAAAACCAUGCGUGGGAAUUGGCUCUGUUUCCAGCUAAUUGAAGUCUCUCUAAGAAAAAAAUAUAUAUUUCCAGCAGUCUGAGCCAUCGGGGUGUGAUGGGAAGUAAGACCAGAAAUGGACUUGAUGUUUUCAAGAAAUGUUUUUUUUUUUUUGAAGACUACAAAUAACCACUUGCUGGUCAGAAUCACAUCAGGAAUUCCAAUCAGGAAAGAAUUGUGGAAGUUUUUCAUUCUUCUUCAUUUCAGCUACAGAAGACUGACUCUAGCAAAUCGGGCUAGUGUUAUAUAGCACACAUACAUUUGGGCUUGGAACCAUGAUACCCAAAGGACCACCUUUUUUUCAUAAAUCUCUACCUGACCUCCAACAUCUGCAGAGCCACUGCUCCAAGUUCUUCCUUAUUCUGAAGUGCAGAAAGCUACAGAGAAGGCUUUCUCAGCAGUGCCCUCCCACCUCUCAGUUUUGGAACACACUCCUUAGAAAGGCUUGCCUGGCUUAAUGUCUUUUUGGUGCUAGACAAGUCCUUUUAUUCACUAAAGGUUUUUAGUGUUUUAAUUGGUUAUUUAUUUAUUUAGCAAAAGGCAGCUUGAUGGUUAAAACAAACCCUCUAAUUUACAAAAAAGUCACUUUAAUAUAGUGCUAGCAUCUUUUAUUGAUAUUGAGUAUCUGCUGUCAAGAUUGCUGUGUUUUAUGACAGCGAAGAGGUGUGUUAAGUCCCCUGCGUUGUGGUUCUGGUGGAUUUCAGUGCUGUGCCAUAAUUAUGUUUUAUGACUGUGUAUCCAUUUAAACUGUGUCACCCAGAGAACCCCCAGUUAAGGGGUGACUCAAAUAUAUUCAAAGAGGUUAUUUAUUCAUUGUACUUGGAAAGUGAAUUGAGGAAAUCAAAAAAGGGAUGUGUUGAUCAGUCACUGUUGGGUAACCGCCAGAGUGAAGGAAAUUCUAAGCAAACGAAGUUUAUACCACUAAGCAUGUAAAUUGGCUUCCUUCUUUUGACUUGUGACAUUUGGCCAUCCAGAAAUAGGGCAUUAUUGCCAGAGGUGCAUAACUGAGAACUCUUCCAGUAGGUGGAAAGCAAAGUGCAGCGGCUGGUUCCUGAAGAAUACCAAACGGUAUAGAAUAAAUAAGACAGUGAUAUUCCAUGUAGGCAUUCUGUCACUGGUAUAAAUCAGGUUUGUUGUAAUAUUGCACCCAUAUUGAUGACGUUGGUUGCUGGGACAUCCAUUAAAUCUUUGUCUUUUCUGAAAUGACUGCCAUCUUCGUUUGGCAACUUAAAGGUUUUUUGAGUUAAUAAAUGGCAUUUCUUGUACCUUAAGUUGAGCUGUUUGAACUUCUCCUGUUGGAUUUCAGCCUGCAUAAAUGUGUGCUUUGCAACAGCAUAACAUUGGACGUAUCCUUUUUCUUAUAUGGCACUGAAGAAAAUGGGAGAGGAUUGUCAUAAGGCCUUUCCACUACACAGAAAAAAAAAGCCUGCACAUUCAAGCUAGUAAUAGAUCUACAUUGCUUUUGUGGUUCCUGAUGGCUGUGUUAACAACUUGUGGAAAUCUACCAUCAUACUGACACGGCUUAGUCUGUGACUUUUCAUAUGCUUGCAAAUAUACUCCCUAAAGCUAGAAGAUACUAUUGUGUACUGCCACGUUGAGGAGGUUUUGCCUGUUUUAAGGUAUAUUCAAAGUAUGCUGUUUGCUUAAACCCAGCGAACUUGUUCACCUUUUUGGAAACAUCAUUUUACCUUGAAUCACAUGUUCCAUUUUAUUGGCCUUCUUCAUAUAGAAUAUACAGCGUUUGAGGCUUAAGAAAAGCUGCAUCUUCUAUGUGAGAGGAAGCUUUCUGUACAUUCCCCCCAUGUCUUUACAUCAUGGUAGUUUGAAUAACCAUGCUUCCAUAUUCACAUCAACUUUUUUGUUUUUGUUUUUUUUCAAUUUUAUACACAGCACUUGCUCUGAAAUUUGGGGACUGAGUACACCAAACACGAUAGAUCAGUGGGAUACCACAGGCCUAUACAGCUUCUCUGAACAAACCAGGUGAAUAUUCUGCCCUGUGUCUCAUUGUAGAGAUCUUGUGGGAGGGUUGGCUUUCAAGGGUCUUGUCUAGUGGAAAUGCUUCCUAGUCAGCAAAGCAUUUUUUUUUUAAAAAAACUGAUUUUGCCUUAAGUGUUCUCAGCUGAUGUUUUAACCAAUGAAAUUCUAAUUUUGGAAAAGAAAAAAAACCCUCUAUCCACAUCAGUGCCGUUCUGAAAAGGGGAAAACUUGGGGUGGGGUGGGGGAUGCAACCAUAUGGUCUGUACUUGUUUAAUAAGAAUUGGGGGCAAGUGUGUGUGUGUUUAAAACAGAUUGCACACUGGGGGGGUUUUUUGGCGGGGCGUGGGGUUAGCUGAUCAGGUAUGUGCAUUCAGAGACUUAUGGAAGGUGUGGGACACAACUUGGGGAGUGAGCAGCUUGUUUAGGUUUUUGAUGGUUUUUUUUCCAUGUCACCCUUACUCGCAUUGUGUACUGAGGUUUGUCUUUCCCAUCCCAUGAGUCAUAAACCAUCUGCAUUUGUGUAGGCCUAGGCAGUCCAUCUUAAAACUAGCAAACCUUUUCAACUGGUAGCAGCAAGGGGUGCGAGGAACCGACCGUGAAACCACAAGCAAGCCCAGUGUAUGCCGAACGCAAGCUUCAGGUUGGGAAGUGAUGUGGAUUGCUUGGAGAUCUGACUGCUGUAACCUUACGCGCAAUCUUGUAUGACAGAGAUGUGCUUAAAGCAAGGAGCAGCGUCAACUAAAGUGUAGCAUAGUAUUCACGGUGAGCAGGCUUAGGUGUAAUGUCCUGUUUGCUUAGAUGUGCAGUUGUUGUCACCAGCGCACCCUGUCACCCAGGGACUCCUUGAUUUCAAGUGCCAAUAAUAGUAGUGUAUGCUUUAACGAUAACACUACCUCUUACCUGAGAACAUCAUAAAUGUCUUUUGUUGGCUCUCUGGUUUAAAGGGGUGGCGGCAAUGAGAGGUGCCUAAUGAUACAGAAUAUCUUGGCUUAUAUGUGCUUCCUGAGAACUUCCCUAAAUGUUCUGGAAUACUUUUCCUCCCUCUAGGUCUCUUGAUGGCCGCCUGCAAGUAUCCCACCGUAAAGGAUUGCCACAUGUUAUUUACUGCCGUUUGUGGCGCUGGCCUGACCUUCACAGUCACCAUGAACUUAAGGCAAUUGAAAACUGUGAAUAUGCUUUUAAUCUUAAAAAGGACGAAGUAUGCGUAAACCCUUACCAUUACCAGAGAGUGGAGACUCCAGGUAGGAAGAUGGCAAGCUGCUCUUGGCGUAUCGGUGUCUGCUGCCCUGGCUUCUUUUGCUAAGAAUCUUACUAACAGUGUGUGCAAAGCUGAAGUGAGAGGAGUCCAUGUUAUUGUUUUGGAAUUCCAAGAGCUUGAGUGAGAGCUAAUCCAAAAUUUAAUCGGACAAUGGUGCUUAAAUGUUGAAAGCCAUUGUUGUUGUAUUGAAUGCAUGUGUUUGGCGCCUCCCAGGAUAGUUUGGAAUUGCAAAAUGUUAACAAAAAUGCUUGCAGCUAGGGCAGCAGAGCGUCUCUUUCAAAACUAUUUGUUCUCAGUUGCAGAGACUCGGAGCAAAACACAGUACUUUUUAACAUAAGUUCAAUAAAUGCACAUACAGCUUAAAGGCUCCCCCACCUACUUUUUUAGUCAUAGCCACUAAGCUGACUUGUAAUCUCAGCCUUUUUUUCGUAUCUGGGGAGUGGACUCCAUAGGUGAGCAGCUACUAGCUGGAGUGUGUCUCCCUUGAGGCUUCCACCAGUAAAAGUUCAAGCAUCAGUAGCAAAAAGAGCUGCAUGCAUUUAAUUUUUUUACUGGCAUUUGUACAGGGAGCUUAGAAUGUUGCGUCUCCACUCCUGCUUUAUCUUCACAACCGAGCCGUAUGCUGGGAAACAAUGUCUGGCUCAAGGCAGCCCAGUGACCUUUGUUGCUGAGUUGGGAUUUGCACCCUGGUUGUCCUAGUUGGAUUUAUGUUCUCUAGCAGAAUGUUGGACAAAGCUGAGAAAACCAGGGUUGACUGUAAAACUCAUUGGUUGGCCUUGGGCCAGCCUCUGUCUUCCAGCCUUAAACCUACUUCACAAAGUGGUUAGGACUAAAAACAGGGAAUGCCCAUGAUAUCCAAAACUCCAUGGAGGAAGGGGAAAUAAAUGUGACUGCCCGUCUUAAACUUUUCUGCUUGAGAAAGCACCUAGGGAAGGGAGAGCCAAGAGACGAAGGCUGAGCCAAAGACCCUGUUGUGGGUGGGGUUGCAUUCUCUCUGAAAUGUCAGGUUCAUAGUUUGGGGGGUGGCUUCACAUUCGUUGUUGACUAGUAGUGUCUUUUAUCAACUUAGGGUCGCAGCUAGCAAUCAGCCUAUCUAGAUACAGUGCAGCUUAAAUGCAGUCUGGAAAGCUUGAGUCUCCUCUGUCUUGGGCUACAUUUUGAAGACUGGAAGUUUCAGCUGGUGCAGAAUGCAGUGGCUUGGAGGUCACCCCCAAGGAGCUUCCUGAAUGUAUAGGGGAUUUGAACCCAGGUCUUUUUUUAUUUAAGGAAAUGGCUUUUUGCAGCCCUUUCCCACCUGGCGUGGAAGGAUGGGGCCCUGAUUGACUCCAGCUACAAAAACUGAGGCUGCUGAACAGCCUUUUGGGUUGGGGUAUUGUUUGCUGGGGGUGGGGCAGGUUGUUUCUCUUUUUGAUACUAAUUUUUUGUACCCUUAUUUUAGAGCUUACCACAAUUUAUGUCAAAAGUGUUUAAUUUGGUUGUGAUUUUUUUUUGUUUAUUGUUUAUGACUGCUUUUGUUAUCUUUGUAAUUAUGUGUUUUUUCAUGUUGUAAACCACCUUGAGCAUGGUUUUAACUAUGUUUUGUUUUCAAAAGUUGCUCAUAAAAUUUAUUGAAUUAAAAUGAAUUAAAAAAAUCAAUACAUCCUGCUUGAUUCCAGGGGAGGUAUCACUUGGCACGUUGUCCAUACUGGAAACUUGUGGCCUCUCUCCUACCUAAUAUUUAUCGUUGUCUUUUUUUCUUGAAACAAAACUGAUUAUCUGGUCAUUAUAACUGAUUGAAAUUGAUAUUACCUAACACACUGAGGCUGCAAUCCUGUGCAUGCUUACCUUUCAGUAAGACCUAUUUACCCAAGUCAGUAGCUGUGCAAUUCUGUGGUUAGUCCCAAAGUGGGAGUUCAUUUCCAAGUAAACAUCCAUAGAGCUGCACUGUUAGUCCCACAGAUAGGAUUGAUGCAACUUAGUGUCUGCACUAAUCUAGCAAAACUAUAGCAAAUCUAGGCAGUCUCUUAACAUUUUUUGGGAAUUUGUUUCUCCUCCCCCAGUUCUGCCUCCUGUCCUCGUACCACGGCAUACAGAGAUUCUGACUGAACUUCCACAACUCGAUGACUAUACUCAUUCCAUUCCCGAAAACACUAACUUUCCAGCAGGAAUUGAACCACAGAGCAAUUACAUACCAGGUAUUUAUGUGAAAGCAAAUGGCGCAACGAGUGGCCUCCUGCCAUCUGAAGGACUAAUUUCAAGUACAACAACCAAAGAAAAAGCAAAUAAUGCAGGGAGGAGGGUAGGGCACCCCAGGAUUUGAGUUUCUUUGCAGCAGCUGUGCUGGUGGUAGCUUCUCUGACCCUUUAGAAGCCUGUUCAGCUUUCAACAGAAUCUUUUAUCAGGAUUGAUAGCCCGCCCAACUCACAAUUGAGUUUGGUAUCAGUGGAUUGUUGGGAAUGGACUUGACAUUUGAUCAUCUGCUAACAUCCUGGAUUUUGGAUAAGAGGCACAGUCAACUCAGGCUUCUAGUAAAUUUUAAUGUGUAGGCAGUAAACAUGUACUAAAUUCUGCUUCCUUGUUCUGUUCUUCAAAGCCUAAUUCAAGGUAGCUUUAUAGGUUCCAAUCUGUAUAGGCUGAGUCCAGGAUAUUUGAGAGUACUUCUUACAUAGAAGCCCUCUUGUCCUUUAAGUUCUGCAGAUUGACCCCUGCUCACUCUCUUGGCUAUGGGAUGUAAGAGACCUCUGGCCCAGAGACACAUCUCAAUCCUCUUCCUUAAGAUUUGUAAACCAAAGAAGUGUUGCAUCUUCUUUUUCCAGGCUUUAAUCCAUGUAACUUCUGAUGUGCCUCUAACCCUGUUUAGCCACAAUUUGUUCCCCUACAUCAGGGGUCAGCAAACUUUUUCAGCAGGGGGCCGGUUCACUGUCCCUCAGACCUUGUGGUGGGUGGGACUAUAUUUUGGGGAAAAAGAAUGAACGAAUUCCUAUGCCCCACAAAUAUCCCAGAGAUGCAUUUUAAAUAAAAGCACACAUUCUACUCAUGUAAAAACACCAGGCAGGCCCCACAAAUAACCCAGAGAUGCAUUUUAAAUAAAAGGACACAUUCCACUUAUGUAAAAGCAUGCUGAUUCCCGGACCAUCCGCAGGCUGGAUUUAGAAGGCAAUUGGGCCGGAUCUGGCCCCCGGGCCUUAGUUUGCCUACCCAUGCCCUACAUUGAUUUGGCUUUGUGAUUGUUCUAGUCUCUUAUAUUUUACAUAUAAGCCACCUGCAGUGUUGUGGCAGGCAGAUAGGAUCUACGCUAUUCAAACAGAUCCUGUAUGCUUUAGAUAUUAUUGGAUACACAUUGAUUCAUUUUUCUUAACAUCUUUUUUUUUAAAGCUAUGUAGGUUGUCAUAUACUUCAUGUUCUACAGUACCUGUUCCCAAGGGAGGAGGGAAGAUGAGGGGUGUUUUUGUUUUCUCCCUGGAAGUCUAGAGCCCAUUGGCAUGUCAGCUGGUAUUUGGCUUGCUUCGGACUGGUUAUAAUCUAGCCCUUUUUGUGGUGCACCCUGAUUGGCCUGUUUUUCAAUCAACUCUGCUAGAAAUCCAUCCAUCCAUCCACAGUGUAGGGGGCAUGUAGCCUAGAGAGCAGGGAAAAUGGCAGGUGGCUGGUGGGUUUUAUUCCUCCUUCCUCACAUAACAUAGUGAGAUCCCCUGCAACUUAUAAAAUAAAGGCAGUGUGCACUCUUUAAUUCUGCAAAUUUUGAAAGCUUUAAUGUGUGCAGUUUGUGCAUGACACUGAGAGAACCCUUUCAUUUAAUGGCUCAUUGAUUGUACUUUUGGUAGAAACACCACCACCCGGCUAUAUCAGUGAAGAUGGAGAAACCAGUGACCAGCAGUUGAACCAAAGCAUGGAUACAGGUAACGGUAUUAAUUCUUACAGAAGACUUUAAAUAUGUAAGGGGGCUUAACAAACCUCCCUUUGUACUGAUGAAGAUUUAUUAAAACAUUUCUGUGCCCCCCUUUCCACAGUUCAAGGUGGCUUACAUUAACAAAAUGGAAUCUAAUUGCGUCUCAGCAUGGGGUUCAGCCUUAAUUCAGGCUGACGGGCAGUGCACUCCUUGGAAUAUGACUCCACUUCCAAUUGUAUCAGCUGAUAGGUACAUUUCGCACUAGCUGCAGCUUCCAAGUUGCCUUCAUGGGUUGUCUUGAGUUGUGCCCCUUGUAGUAGUUCAUUGAGGUUACAAAAGCAUGAAUCCGUGUCUCAAGAUCCCUUUCUCCCUAAAGGUGUGAAGCUUUUGCAGUAACUGUGGUUGGUAAAGGAGGUUUACCACACCGCACUGCCUCUUUUCAGCCCCAAGAUAUGCUUGAAGGCAGGAAGUGGGAUCAAUGUAACAUGUGCAAGCUACCUUUGUCUCCCUCCUUACUAUAGAACCAGUAGCUCUAUUAAGAAAGGAAGGGAGUGAGGCAGCUGCACACCUCUUCAAAGCAGGAAAGAGGCAGGUCUUGGGGCCCAGCUCCGAUAUAAAAAACCCCCGUUGUUACAAGUACAAACUAGAAACAAGCCUGGCUUUUGAUACCCCAAUUUGUUAACAGGCUGUAGUUUGAGUGAACUCCACUUUGCCAAGUUUGGAUGCAGCAAAAAAGAAGGGCUAUCCGUUUUAAACUGUGAACUAGCCCUAGUCCAACAAGCAGUUGUUGUGUCUAAACCAGACCUUUAGUUUCUGCAAGUGGCCAAGCAACCAUUUGAGUUUAGUCCAAAUCCUCUGACUACUGUACUCUGCCUAAGUUAUUUCAUAUAAGCAAGGGGCAACAUGGCCUUCAGUGUCCAGGGUCAAAACGGGGACGCUGUGGUUGGUGAGAGGUUGAAGUGUUGUGGAGAUAAAUGUCUGCAAAGAUACUCUGCGCUGAAUGUGGGUCAUUGCUUGGGAAGUCUUGAAUUGUGUCAAGAGGCAUGAAUUGUAUUGUGUGCAGAUCAAAGAGCAGUGCUUGUCGUAGGACUAACCUUGCAAAGUUUUGUCUUUUUCUUUGCGGAGCAAUUAUGUAGUGGCGAAAGCACAGGUUAUCAGCUUGUUUGAUGGUGUUAUGUGUAUGGGGUUUUUUGUGUGUGUCCGUCCCCCCACCCUGAUCCCAUAACCUUGGGUUUUUGUUUUGUUUUGCUACUCCUGAUAGGGGUAGGCUUAAGUAGUAAGCCAACCGAAGUUAGCCGAGGAAACGGUUCAGUUUCUGCUCGCCUUCAGUUAUGGCAAAUGCUCCGUCCCAGGCUGCAAACAUGGGUAUUUCUCAGUCUUUGUAAUACAGGGACAAUAUUUGCUGUGCAUAUGGCACGAGGUUACUGGCAUUUGUUAAGUUAGAGAAAAGCUUGCCUUUGGCUCACUUUCCAAAAUAUACUUUUGCUGAACAGUAGCAAUAUUGUAGCAUAUUCAGAGUAAAUCUAACAUGGGAUUGUGCUAGUGAAAACGGGUCCCAGGACCUCAAAACUGCUGCUGGCACAGCCUCCAAAUGUGAUUACUAAAGUGAAUUUUUGUUGUGAACUAACUUUUUUUGUAUUAAUUCCUCAGGAUCUCCAGCAGAGCUGUCUCCCAGUACACUCUCUCCUGUCAAUCACAGCCUGGGUAAGUUAUAAACACUUCUCUAUAAUAAAUGAGGUAAAUGUGCUUGCAUUUGGUUGAUUAUAUUAGAAUCCAUUGCAGGUGGAAUUAAAUUGCAGAGUAUGGGGAGAAGUGGUUUAUUGGGGUGCGGGGAUUAGCAGGGACAGUCUCUUUUUAAUUUUAUUUUAAGCACCUCUCCUGUGUCAUGUUUCAAGUAUGGGCACCCAAGGUUUAAUUGCUGUCUUGUGUGUUUUAAUCAAGGUGUAUUCUAUGCUUGAACAAUGUUGUGCAGGUGGCUUUUUUGGUAACCUGCUGAGUAGACACACUGGGUAAUGUGCUGUUCAUAAAUAAGCAGUAUGUGGAAUAUCUUCUGGACACAUACUUGCAGGCUAAAGUAACUACAAUAUUCAAAGCAUUGGAAUAGUGCUUUUUUCGUGUUGUAGCUGUUUUGUACUCUUCCUCGGCAGUCCUUUGAAAAGUCCUCCAAGGUAGAUUUGUAAUGUCAGCUAAAUCCUAUAUGGGAAAGCUGAGGCUUAGAGGGCCUUUUCUGAUGGGGUGAUCAAGGUUGGGGGGAGAUUUGACCCAGGGCUUUUGUUGUUCAUGGCUUGGUUACUUGGCCACUCUACUACAUUGACCCCCACCCCCCACCCCCGCAAGUAAAAUCCCUUUCUGUAUGUCUGGGGUGUUAUUUUUUGAAAAAAGCAUAUUCUGUUACUUCAACCCUUGUGAGAGGUUACUGGACUGUGCAGUAGUCUGCCACUUUUUAAUCGAAAUAGUCAGGCAGACUAUUUGGCAUAAAUGGAAAGGGAAGAAUUGCCUGGUUUAUUUUUUUGUCCUAGUUGGCAGUGCGGAAUGGUUUGGGGAAGAGCAAAGAAAUAUUUGUUGGCAGUCGAUUUUGGCUGGUAGUUGGUCUGUUAUAGGGACAUACUUUGUGGUUACAGUUAUAUCAUAUUGUCCAGUAAGAGCUGUUUGUGAAGCAGACUCCCAUGAAAGGUAGUGCACUCUCCUUCCUUGGAGUUUUUAAAGCAGAGAUUGGAUGGCCAUCUGUCUUGGAUGCUUUAGUUGAGAUUCCUGCAUUGCAGGGGGUUGGACUAGAUGUCCCUUGGGGUCCCUGCAGUUCUAUGACCUAUGAUUAAGAUUGCCCUUAGAAUCUCUUGAAAACUAGACACUGCUGAACUGAUAUCUAGUUCAUUCAGCAUCUUCUAGUAAUAUUUUCUCUGAGGAUUAUUUCUCUGAGGAUUGACUCUGUGUUUUGGGCACCUUUAAACUUGAAUAUUGCUGUGUUAGGUUCCACAGUACAUAAUGUAAUUGCUUCCUUCUUUUGAUCAUGGGAAAUGUAGAGGUGGUUGACGGUAUGUCACGAAGCAUGUCUUGUAUAGUAUAAGGUGUUCUGGAUGUGGAGCAUUUGGACAAAUCAAGCAUUCCAGACAAGAACAUGCCUUUAAUUUUGUGUGUACGUGUGUGUACACACAGAGUGUGUUGAGACAACUUGGAGAGAACUAGAGGUUUUGGAGACUUGUAAAUUAGCAUUAAAAAUAUGUUAAGCUUGUUGGAUCUGUCGCACAAGAUGAAAGAGAGGAAAUGCAGAAUGCAGAGGUUUUGAAGAAAGUACCAUAUUUUUUGCUCUAUAAGACACACUUUUCCCCUCCUAAAAAGUAAGGGGAAAUGUAUGUGCACCUUAUGGAGCGAAUGCGGGCUUUGCUGGCUAAGCCAGAAGCUAGAACAGUGAGAGGGAGCGCUGCGCAGCGCUCCCUCUAGCUGUUCUAGCUUCUGGCUUAGCCACACAAAGCCUCCGCAGGGCAGCGGGGAGCCUUCAUCCCCUGCCCUGCGGAGGCUUCGCGUGGCUAUCUAUGGCUUUUGCGGAAGGUGGGGGAAGUGAGAGAGCCGCGCUCUGUCAAUUCCCCCACCUCCCACGAGAGCCGCAUGCACUUUAAAGGGAGCGUGGAUAUCCCUGGCUUUUGCGGGAGGUGGGGGAAGUGAGAGCUCGCGCGGCUCGUGAAAGGGAACGCUGAGCAGAGUCUGGGAUGCAUACAGGCUCAGCGCUCCCUUUAAAGAAUAUAUUUUUUCUUGCAUUCCCCCUCCAAAAACUAGGUGCACCUUAUGGUCAGGUGUGCCUUAUGGAGCGAAAAAUACGGUAUAUUAUGUCUUUUCCGCUCAAACAACAGUCAAUAAAAUGUUCAUUUAAGCCAGUGAAGGGAACUGCAUCAAACAUAAUGUGCAGCUAAGAAUUCUUUGAGAAGUCUAACAGAAGGGAAUAGCCUUGUUUAAGGAGCACAACUAGAGGAGGAUUUGGGGAGCAUAGCCUUGACUAGCUUCCUAUUGCCAAAUGAUAGUCCAGCAUUAAUACAUGUUAACCACAAGAAUUCUUCCUCUUUCCCUUCUAGACCUGCAGCCGGUUACCUACUCAGAGCCUGCUUUUUGGUGUUCUAUAGCAUAUUAUGAAUUAAAUCAGAGGGUGGGAGAAACCUUCCAUGCGUCACAGCCUUCACUUACUGUUGAUGGCUUUACGGAUCCAUCAAACUCUGAAAGAUUCUGCCUAGGCUUGCUCUCCAAUGUUAAUAGAAACGCCACUGUGGAGAUGACAAGAAGGCACAUAGGUAUGUACUUCUCGCCACGUAUUCCAGCGGCUCUCCUGCUUCCUCUAACCUUCUUCCCUUGAUCUGCUGAAAAAAACAGUUCCGUCCAUUGCAUUCUUCUUUUUAAAUUGAACAUCUUUUGUUAUUUCUUCAUUUAAGUAAUGGCAGCACAGCAGAUCAUUUGUACAGUAGCUGAACGGUAUAUUUAUAUCGCUGCAUCUUGGGACCCCUCAGAUUUGCUAGUGAUAUAUAUUAAAAUAUAUGAAGAAUGAGCAACAGGCAGUAAAACAAAACUAAGCAGCAGAGUAGCAGGUGCUUACUGGAAGAGCACAAGCAUCCAGAAAAUAUGUAACCGGCGCUUGGCUAAACAAGACCGUAUGCACUUGCCAGUAUGUUGGAUCUGGCAAAUUUUAGCUGCUUCUGUUCGUUUAAUGUUCUUUUUCUUUUUCUAGGGAGGGGAGUGCGCCUGUAUUACAUUGGCGGAGAGGUUUUUGCUGAGUGCCUAAGCGAUAGCGCAAUCUUUGUUCAGAGCCCCAAUUGUAAUCAGAGAUAUGGCUGGCAUCCUGCCACCGUGUGCAAAAUCCCGCCAGGUAAGAGGUGUAUAACCAGCAGAGAUCAGCCAUCAUUUCAGUGUAUUGAAAUGUAUUUAUUUGCCUUGCUGUGAUGCCUAAGGAAAAUAGUUGGGUAGGGGGAUUGAAUCAUUUAAAUGUGUGUAAUGUAGUGGUACCGAUCAUUCAUCCUUUUACCGUUUUUCCUUUUUUGUAGGCUGCAACCUAAAGAUCUUUAAUAACCAGGAAUUUGCUGCUCUUUUGGCUCAGUCUGUAAAUCAGGGCUUUGAAGCAGUGUAUCAACUAACCCGAAUGUGCACCAUAAGGAUGAGUUUUGUUAAAGGAUGGGGCGCUGAAUACAGGUACAGAGUGGCAUUCCUCUCCGUGUUUGUAGAACCAUCCUGCAGCCGGGAUGGUAAUGUAGGCCUGACGUUCCCUUUUACAAAUUAAGCAAAUUGGUAUCAUCGUCAUAUUGUCAUCUUCAGAUGAAGGGUGAAAUAGAAAUUUAAUAAAUAAAACCAUUGCCCUCAUUUUAUUUGUAUGCCACCUUUCCUAUAGUUAAAACCAUUCUGGUGAUAUAUCGCAGUGUUGAAAAGCAGAUAUCGCCCAGCCCCAAAUUGGUGACAGAACUUGCUAUUUGGGGGGGGGGGGUGUUGAGGCACUGGCUCUUUGCCCCUUGUGGUCUUAAAAGUGGCCAUGUAAGCUGAUUGUUGAGCAGGGACUCUAACCAGGGGUCAGCAAACUUUUUCAGCAGGGGGCCGGUCCACUGUUCCUCAGACCUUGUGGGGGGCUGGACUAUAUUUUUGGGGGGAGGGGGGAAAUGAACAAAUUUCUAUGCCCCACAAAUAACCCAGAGAUGCAUUUUAAAUAAAAGCACACAUUCUACUCAUGUAAAAACACACUGAUUCCCAGACCAUCCGCGGGCCGGAUAUAGAAUAGAAUAGAAUACCCCGCCCAUCUGGCUGGGUUUCUCCAUCUACUCUGGGUGGCUUCGAACAGAGUACAGUGGUACCUCGGGUUAAGUACUUAAUUCGUUCUGGAGGUCCGUUCUUAACCUGAAACUGUACUCAACCUGAAGCACCACUUUAGCUAAUGGGGCCUCCUGCUGCUGCUGUGCGAUUUCUGUUCUCAUCCUGAGGUAAAGUUCUUAACCUCUGAGGUACUAUUUCUGGGUUAGCGGGGUCUGUAACCUGAAGUGUGUGUAACCUGAAGCUUAUGUAACCCAAGGUACGACUGUAUUAAAAUACAGUGGUCUGUUAAAUAUUAAAAGCUUCCCUAAAGAGGUCUGCCUUCAGAUGUCUUCUAAAAGUCUGGCAGUUGUUCUUCUCUUUGACAUCUGGUGGGAGGGCGUUCCACAGGGCAGGUGCCACUACUGAGAAGGCCCUCUUGCCUGGUUUAGAAGGGGAUUGGGCCGGAUCCGAACCCCGGGCCUUAGUUUGCCUAAGCACUUGGCUUGUAUGCUGGCUUCACAGUGUUAUUUCAUCCCCCAACUCUUUCUCCCUUCCUCAGGCGGCAGACGGUAACAAGCACUCCCUGUUGGAUCGAGCUUCACCUGAACGGGCCUUUACAGUGGCUGGACAAAGUAUUGACUCAGAUGGGCUCUCCCUCAGUGCGCUGCUCCAGCAUGUCGUAAUGCUCCUCGUCUCCACUAGCGCGCUUGAAAUGCGAAGUCCAGGCAACAGACUUAAAUAUUAACAGCUCGUCUGUCGUAGUAACUCGUGUGUGGUCUCCAUGAACUGUUUCCUAUCCAAAAAGUUCAGAGAGAGAGAAAGAGACAGAAAAGCACUUGAGGGUCUCAUCAGUUUCUAAGCACCUUGUGGGUUUUGUUUCCUAUACUCUGAUGCUCUAGAUGAAAAGUUAGUGUAUAGAAACGCCUUCUGCCGAAGGAGGGAGGGACAUAUUAAAUACUUUAAUGGUGUUUUUUAUUGGGUAUAUAUAAAUUGAGUGUCCUAAAGGUUUACCAAUAACAUGAGUGGUUCAGUUAAUGUAUCAUGGGACCCCCCCCCCCCCAUUUUGACACCAUUCUGCUGUCCUGAGUUUAAAUUCCCAUUGAUAGAUGUGCGGAGCUCUUUGACAUAGGCAGCCAUCUCGUAAAAAAGCCCAAGUUCUUGCUUCUCUAUAUUUUUUUAUAUUUUUAUAUAUAAAUAUAUAUGCAGGCUUUCCGCUGCCCUAUAACAGACUUUAUGCAGAAAAUCUCCUCCCCCCCCCAACCUUUUCCAAGUGUACUAGCUGUCACCUUAAAAAAACCCCUCUUUGGAGCGGGAGCGAUUCUUGGGUUCCAUCUCUUGAAAUCUUGCGUGUUGAGUAUGCUUAGUGGGCCUGAAAUAGGCAGUGCCACGUUCAACCUUUCACUCCUUGCCCCCACGCCCACCUCCCCCGGGCCAAACCAUGCUUUAAAAAAUAGAUUAUUCCAUUGCCCACCUGAAGUAGUGGCAUCUGUUGCCGGCGAUGGGUGCUGCUGGCCCUGAGGUCCAGCUUGCACCUUAGUUUGAAAAUAUGGCGGGAGGUCAUUCCUGGGAGAUGCACCAACAGACCACUGCAGCUGUAACUGUGUGUGGUCUUCUGACUAGGGUUAAGAGAUCACAAGGAGGACUAUGCUUUCCUGCCUUCUCCUCCCUCCUGCCGUUAGCCAUGGUUAAUUACCAUGGAAUCAACAUUAAUAUGCUAAUGGUUUUUCACCUUGACCAUGGCUAACAAAUGCUACUGGGAUCAUGCUUAGCUGGGAUCAAGGAGGGAGCGGAGGGGUUCAGACCUGGGUGGAAGCGAGGAAUCUCUUAACUGCCGGCAUCAGCCCUUUGCCUGGAGUGUUGCAAUCUCUUAAAUGCUAGGUCUGCAGCGCAUGCGCGCAUGCAGCUGUUGCAAAAUAAGUUUUUUUGACUGAUAAUAAUCCACAUUUUUCUCCCAAGAAAGACUUGUUCACCACCUUCAGAUUGGUGAGUGUGCACUUUCAAAGCAGCACCCUUGUUUUUCAGAAGUGACAAGCGAGCAGCUGUAAGAUGUUGCUGGUCCUUUCGUGUCUCGAAACCCUUUAUGAGAACUUUCCCUUAUCCAGACAGCAGAGAUGAGUAUGUGACAUGCAGGAGUUGAACUCUAUCUCUUUACACUCAGCAGGGGUUUGUUUGUUUUUUAAAAAGGUUGCCAGGAUGCAACCCAGAGUCUCAUCUCCUUUGCUCUUAAAUCCAAUUCUAAAAUGCAGGAGACACAAACUCCAGCUCCUCUCCCUCCUAAGGUGUAGUGGGACUCCAGAUACGCCAGGCAACAGUUUUGGGGAGUGCAGAUUGAAAGGAACGGUUGAGAGCAGCCGCACCAUCAAUUAUCUCCUGCUUCACUGGUAGAUUUUUUUAAAAAUAAAAGUCUAAAUCAGAUUUAAUGUGGCUGCCCUACCAGUUUUCCCCUCUCUCCCACACAGUGAAAUGCAACUUCCACAAGGGUUUGAACAUAAAACUUAACAUUUCUUUGAAGGUUUACCGGGCUGGUCCGAACAAAAUUGUAUGGCUUUGCUUAAUGAGCAUCCAUUGCAGAAGGAGUGGAUCUUGCCGAAGUCACUGCUUCUGCAGACUCCCUAGGCUGGGUGUUGCGACCAGCCAUAAAAAGAGAAGAUUCCCUAGUACAUGUUAUUGAGAACCCUUGGACACUACAUCUGAACCUUGCUUUAAGAAAUAUUUUGAAUUAUAUUCUACAGAUAAGUCUGGGUUGGGUAAGGGUUGGGAAACUGUAUAGCAGGGUUAUUCUGACUUGAAAAGUAUACAUCUUACUAACAAUCUUGUGAUCUAGCCGUCUGUCAUUCUCAUGUUGUUGUGGCAGUAGCAGGAUUGCCUUUUUUUGUCUGUUUUCUUUCCUCCCCCCCCCCACGCCCCACCCCAAAUCGUUUAUUUGCACUAGUAUUGUACUUUGUAAGUACACCUAGUGACAACUUCAGCUUUGAGAACAAACGUGGCCAGUGUUAAGCUUUGCAAUCAGCUGACUGAACGGAGGAUAAAUGAUGGAUUUUUUUAUGCCUUAAGAGAUAGGGCAUAGGAGCAAUACCAAAUAUCGAGCCUGAGGGUGGGCAAUCAAAGUGGGUCAGACAAUUUUAAAAGAAUUGGCGAAGCCAUUACCAAUUUGUGUAGUUUUACCAGUAGCCUAAUGUAUUGGUAGAACUUGUGAACCUAAGAAAUAAGCUUUCAUGCGUGUUGCAUUUGCCUAAUAUGUGAAUACACUAAUAAAAAAAAUUUAAUUCUCACCAUGGCUUGUUUGAAUGGUUAAGCAGCAACAUCCCCUGCUUAGAGGACUGCUUCAUAUACUAUCUGUGAAUAUAACUGGUCCAGGAUCCAAAACACUGUGACUUGUUUUGCAUGCCUAAGGGAGUCUGAUUGAACUUGUGGAACAACAUCCCCAAGAGAUUGUAAAGCUCUCUUGAAACUGGAGACGGGGGUGGGAUUUGCAAUAUGGCAUGGUUUGAUGGGAGCAGGUCUGCCAUUCCAAAGCAGAAAAGCAUGUGAGGUUUAAAAAAUAAUAAUUGGGUAUGUCCAUGGUUGACAUUGUGGGCUUGGAAAUUUCAGCUCUUUUGGGCAUCUUUUGCUUCCUUGAGGGGACAAAAUGCUUUCAUUGUCUAGCAGGUGUGAAAGCACAAUGGUUUGUGUGUAUUGCUGGAGUGAUUUCCAGGAACUUGAUGCAUCAGUAUAGAAGACAUGGCUGCUGUCAGGCAGUAAUCACAAAACAUUUGUGGAAAGUGUCUUUCACAGCACUUAAGUUAAAGGAAAAACCAGUUUCUGACCCUCAGUGCCAUAAUAUCAAGUUUGAAAGCAAAGCUAGCCAAAUUGUCAUUUGUUGUGAAAAGUGGGGCAACUGUGGUUGGGCCUUUCUCAUUUCCUCAGGAUGCCUUUGUCCUACUCAGGCUACUCUCCUUCCCUUCCCUUCCCUUCCCUUCCCUUCCCUCCUUCCUUCCUUCCUUCCUCUUGCCGUCACAUUGCUCCUUGGCAAAAACGACAAAACCCUACAAAAUCUCAGCUGUUGGCACUUGAUCAGGCUAAAGGGCUUUACACUGUUGUGUUUAGUGGCAAUAACCUAUUAAAGUUGGUAAACAUUGUGAUCAUC